UUGGAGCUGAAAAUCUCAUCUGAAUUAAAAAAGAAAGCUUGAAUUUUUUGUUCCCCAAUUUCUUCAUCAAUCAAUCCCUCAGUUUAUAACUACAAAGCCACACAAAUUCACUCUCUUGAAUCCUCCACCUUCGCCUCCGUUGACUUCCCUUAAACUCUCCGAAAAGUCUUAACAUCUUCUCCUUCUUUGAUCCUCAUUAGCCCAAGGACAGUUUUUUUUAAUUAUUGUUUUUUUCUUUGGAUUCAAGGAAGGAGAAAGAGUCGAAAUCGAGAGUAAGAAGUGGAACAAAACCCGGGGUGGGAUGAUCAGAUGUUAUCCGGUGUAAGAUAAGCAACGCCAUGAUCAACACCGCCAACGGUACUAUUUCCACGCCAUCUUCAUCGGCGAACGCUCAAUCGCCCGGUUUGAAGACUUAUUUUAAGACCCCGGAAGGUCGGUAUAAGCUUCAUUAUGAAAAGACUCACCCUUCCGGUCUCCUACACCAUGCUCAUGGCAAAACUGUUACUCAGGUUACCCUAGCGCAUUUGAAGGAGAAGCCAGCUCCGUCAACUCCGACAUCUUCAUCGUCCGGCUACAGUGCUAGCAGUGGGGUCAGAUCAGCAGCAGCAAGGUGGCUAGGUGCUGGUAAUGGGAGCCGUACACCUGGAUUUGCUGGAGGGAAUGGUGGGAGUAAAAGUAUUAGCAGCACUAGUAGGAUUGGGUCAUUGGGUUCUUUGAGUUCAAGUAAUUCAAUGACUAAUAUGAAUUUUGAUGGGAAGGGAACUUAUUUAAUCUUUAAUGUUGGUGAUGCUAUCUUUAUUAGUGAUUUGAAUUCUCAGGAUAAGGAUCCAAUAAAGUCUAUCAGUUUCAGCAAUUCAAACCCUAUCUGCCACGCGUUCGAUCAGGAAGCCAAAGAUGGCCAUGAUUUGAUUAUUGGGUUGAAUUCUGGUGAUGUUUACUCUGUGUCACUGAGACAGCAGUUACAGGAUGUUGGAAAGAAGCUUGUUGGGGUGCAGCAUUACAACAAAGAUGGUUGUAUCAAUAACAGCAGUCGCUGUACUAGUAUUGAAUGGGUUCCCGGAGGUGAUGGUGCUUUUCUGGUAGCUCAUGCUGAUGGAAACAUAUACGUGUAUGAAAAGAACAAGGAAGUUGCUGCCGAUUCUUCAUUCCCUGUUAUAAAAGACCAAACUCAAUUUUCUGUUGCGCAUGCACGUUACAGUAAGGUACUGAGCAACCCAAUCGCGAGAUGGCAUGCUUGUCAAGGUUCAAUUAAUAGCAUUGCUUUCUCCCAUGAUGGGGCCUUCUUAGCAACUGUUGGAAGAGAUGGUUAUCUGCGGGUUUUUGACUAUUCAAAAGAACAACUCAUAUGUGGUGGAGAAAGUUAUUAUGGUGCUCUAUUGUGUUGCGCUUGGAGUAUGGAUGGGAAAUAUAUUUUGACUGGAGGUGAAGAUGACUUGGUUCAAGUUUGGAGUAUGGAAGAUCGCAAGGUUGUGGCUUGGGGUGAGGGGCACAACUCAUGGGUUAGUGGAGUGGCUUUUGAUUCUUAUUUGUCAUCCCCUAAUUCUGAUGGCACGGGGGAGACGGUGAUGUACCGGUUUGGCUCUGUUGGUCAGGACACACAGUUAUUAAUGUGGGACCUGGAAAUGGAUGAAAUUGUAGUGCCAUUGCGUCGAUGCCCUCCUGGUGGAUCUCCCACUUACAGCACUGGGAGCCAAUCAUCCCACUGGGACAAUGUUUCCCCAUUAGGUACCCUGCAACCUGCCCCAAGCAUUCGAGAUGUUCCAAAAGUUUCACCUCUGGUUGCACAUCGGGUCCACACCGAACCACUCUCGGGCUUGAUUUUUACCCAGGAAUCUGUACUUACUGUUUGUCGAGAGGGACACAUAAAGAUCUGGAUGAGACCCGGAGUAGCAGAAAGCAACUCAAGCAACACCGAAACCGUGUUAAGUAACUGUUUCAAGGAUAAGCCAUUAGCAUCCAACAAGAUUGGCAGUUCUAGCUACAAACAAUGACCAAACAAUCAUCAAAAGAGGCAAGACAAAACAAAGCUCUAUUUUUUUGUUUUCCUUUUUUUUUCACUGUAAUGUUUCUCUAUGCUGGAGUUGCAUUCCUAUUUGCUAGUGUGGCCGUUCAUCUCUUUAUCGAGUUGGGUUUUCUCAAAGUACAACAAUUGUUUGAUCGAAACCGAAUUGGAAUGAGAUAAACAAUCUGAAUCCAUUGUAUAUUGAAAGAACAAAAAUGCCAUUUGACAGCACGAAGAGGUCCGGAGGAAAUUAGGAACCUCCAUUGUAAGUACAAAAGACUAUUUCCAGAAUAUAUAUGAACACUGACAGGAAUAAACUGAAAUUGCUCCUU